GAAAACGCACAAUCAAUAAACACAGUUAGUUUAAGCUCACCAAUUUCAUCAUGCGCUCUGUUACUUUGGUCGUAUUUUGUGUUUUUUGUUCCAUUUCGUUAGUCUCUAGUAAAUAUCCUAUAAAAUACAAGAUAUUGAGAACAGGAGAGGACGGUGAUGAAGCUAUUGAUGAUGAUGCCAGCGGUGAUGUAGAUAUCGGCGUUGAUGAUGAUGCUGAUAUUGUCACGUUAAGUGGAGAUAAUGACCGAGAUGAUGGGGUAGACGACGAUGACGAUGGAAUUAAUGAUAGUGGUGAAGCCAAAAAGUUAAGUAAAGGCAAUGACGUCGCAGACGCAGAUGAUGAAAUCGACUUAGGUGGCGAUAAAGGUGUCGCUGAUGAUGAUGAAAAUGACGGCGUCGAUGACGGUGAAGGUGGUGUUGCUGACGGUGAUGUAAGUGGUGUUGCUGAUGGUGAGAAAAGCGACGGGUCAGAUGGUUUACACGGACAUAAUAAUAAAGUUAGCGGCUUACUUCCUGAAGACGAACCUACUGCGAUCCAUGAUAGUGUCGAGGACGAGGUUAACCAGGGAGUUGAAGACGAUGAGCUUUUAACUAAAAAAAAACACAAACACGGCCCUAAGUUGGACCUUAGCAGUGAAGACAUGGCAUUACAGAAACAGUACGAAAAGGAGCUAGAAGCUGGUGAUUGGGGAGAGUUUAUGGGCAAUAGCCAUUAUGACGACGCGAAGUAUUAUAAAGACUUGAGCCGCCGGUUUGUUCCUAUCUACCCUUAUUGGAAGAGGAAGGUCAAACAUAGCAAACAUAAACAUAGGAAGCCUAGGAAACCGAGUCCCGAGCAAAUCAUACAAUAUCUUAUGUCCUCCAAAAGAAUUCUAAGAAACAGCGAUGCCAAUGAAGACAGAGAUAUAGUACCAAUAGAGGCGCCUCGGGAUGUAGUUGUGGCUGUAAUGAAAAACGCUACACAGAAGUAUGCGUCCAACCCCAGCGAGUCUACGGAGGAAGUCAUCAGAUCGCGUAUGUUGAGGAGCGGUGACUAUUGGGACAGCGUAUAUACAGAAGAUGGAAACUAUGUGAAAAAACCUGUUCUAAGAACAAGUAAUAAGAAACAUAAAAAACAAAAACUGGACAUGGAGCCAUUCACAUCAGAGCUUGUCCCUGGCACCAAAUUGUAUGAUCUGCUUUCUAGAAUAGUAAAGAAAUCACCUAAACUUUUGUACUUUAUCAACAAGUAAUACAAAUAAAUAAGAACCGUACAAUA